AUGGCAUUCAUGUGGAUCCGAAACUUGCUCUUGGGCGUGGCGACCACACUCCCGAUAAUACGAGCGCAAUCAGUCCACGACCCGCCUGGACAGCCACUGCGCAAAGGCUCGCCCGGAACAUUUGAAGUCAUAGGAAACUCCCUGGUUAGCGGGCAACAGUUAUUUCUUGGGAACCCCGAUGCCGUGUACAUCAUCGACAAAGUUGAGAACAACCCCGCCCAGAUAAAUGGGCACCCCGCUUGGGCAUCAGAAUGGAAAUUGAGCCAUAACGAACAGCGUGCGAUGGAUGUAAUGACGAACACGUUUUGUGCGGGCGGUAAUGUCCUAGGCAACGGGACAUGGAUAAAUGUUGGGGGAAACCAGGCGGUUACUUAUGGUGGUGCGGAGGCUCCUCGACAGGAUGGUGGGCCACCCUACGACGACCCCGAUGGAAGACAGUCUAUACGCCUCCUCGAUCCCUGUACCGAUGGUCGCUGCGACUGGAGGAUGUCGCCGCACUCCUCAGACCAGAGAUGGUAUCCUACCUUGGAAACACUGGAGGAUGGAAGCAUCAUCAUUAUGGGAGGAUGCAGAUGGGGAGGAUACGUGAACGACCAAUUUCAGGACAACCCCACUUAUGAGUUCUUCCCUCCACGGGGGAACGGAACUCCUAUCCACUCACCUAUCCUAGGCCGAACUCUACCGGCAAAUCUCUACCCUCUAGUCUGGCUACUCCCCUCUGGUAAACUUCUCAUUCAAUCGAACUGGGAAACCGCGAUUUUGGACUACAAAACCAAUCAGGAAGUACGUAUUGAUAAUAUACCAGGUGCGGUGCGCGUGUACCCAGCUAGUGGCGGAAGCAUCAUGCUGCCUCUUACACCGAAGAACAACUAUACUGCGACUGUAAUGUUCUGUGGUGGCGUGAAUGUCGCUACGGAUAGGUGGAACUCCAAAGACUUUAUACCGAUCCUACAAGCCCCAUCACGUUCAUGUGUGAAGAUUAGCCCCGAUAUCUCAGGGUCUUACACGCACGACGAUGAACUCCCUGAAGGACGAAGCAUGUUGAACCUCAUCCAUCUCCCCGAUGGAACAAUACUGGGACUCAACGGAGCUGCAAUUGGAACCGCUGGAUACGGCAAUACCUCCUGGACAGUCGGUCAAUCAUUCGCAGAUCAGCCUGUCCUUACUCCAGUCGUCUUCAGAAAGUCGGCAGAGGUCGGCCAUCGCUGGACUAAAGACGGAUUUAGCGCCAGUACCAUCCCACGGAUGUACCACUCCUCGGCAACUCUUCUCCCAGACGGUUCGGUCCUCGUAUCAGGCUCCAACCCAAACUCCGAUUACAGAACUGGAGUCCCAUAUCCGACAGAAUACCGAACGGAGGUGUUCUACCCAAGCUAUUACCACAAGCGUCGUCCCGAGCCUAAAGGAAUACCGACUUCCCUUGGAUAUGGGGGACCUCGAUUUGAUAUCCGACUCUCUCUUGAGGAUUUACUCGGGAAUAUCGCCAACGUCGACAAGACUUCGGUGAUCCUCAUCAGAACAGGCUUCUCAACGCACUCCAUGAACAUGGGCCAGCGCUUCCUCGAACUUCGCACAACGUGGACAGCCUUCCAAAACAAUGGAUCAGCUGUUGUCCACGUUUCCCAACUCCCGCCUAACGCAGCAUUGUUCGCCCCAGGACCUGCGCUUCUCUUUGUUGUUGUCGAUGGCGUCCCUUCCGUCGGUGUUCAAGUUAUGAUUGGGUCUGGAAGGAUUGAGAACCAAUAUGUGGAUCAGCCAACUGACUUGCCUGCUUCGCGGUUGGUAACCGCGGUUGACAAGGCGAAGAGCGAUGAGGAGAGCGGCUCUGACCGGACUACAAAAGGAACGACUGUGGUGUUACUUGCAGCGAUUGUACUCGCGUUGGUUUGA